AAAAAAGAAAGCCGAGUUUUGUCCCCGACGGCCACCAAGCCGAGUCCUUUCGAGGGCAAAUCCGUAUCCGAAAGCAACCCCAGCAAACCUUCGUCCCCGGAACCCAACUCUGGUUCUGAUGGGAUGGAAUCGGACCGACCCGGCACUCCGGUACCGGCCGUGGAGGUACCAGAACCUAUGGAAAUAGGGUCGUCGGAGCAAAGCGAUGGGAAACAAAACGAUGGUGGGAGCGACGGGGCUCCGCUGAGUAAGAAGGGGAGGAAAAGGAAAAGCGUGAGCUGGCCCGAAGAGAGCAAACUGAGGGAGUAUUUCUACUUCGAGCUGGAUGAGACCGAGAGGGGUGAGAUGUGGGCGGGGGGUGUGGGGUUACCCCGUAAAAGGGUUGGGGCGAAUGGGGAACGGGGUUCUUCAGGAAAUGGGUCGACUGAAAAGGUGGGAUCCUGUAAAAGGGGUGGGAUCCUAUAAAAGGGGUGGGAUCCU